AUGUCUACCAACCCGGGCGCGCAGUCUGACGCUGCAAGUAACGGCACUAGGCCCGCGAAAACGGUUUCGUCAUUCGAUCUCGAACCAAAUCCCUUCGAGCAAAGCUUCGCAUCCUCAAAAAAACCGCAGAGAGCCAAACUCCCACCACCAGAACACAUCGGUCCUCACCAAGUACCAGCAUCAGCCACUAGUAAUUCGAUGAACUCAACAUCCGGGGCCGCCUUUCUCGGACCAAAAAGUUCAGUCGAAUACACCAAUUCCACGCAGCCCUCUGGUGCUCCUGCGGGCUCCAACACUACUUCAAACGCAGCUCAGGGAAUCGCUUUUGAUCCCACAGUUGCAAAUCCUACGUCUGCCGCCCUUUCUAACGCAGUGGGACUAGCCGAUCAUACGAAGUCUAGCGAACUCUCGACGAGACUUCCACCUCUACUGCUAGCAAACCCUGCACACUCGUCGUCCUCCAUGAUCCCUCCACAGCAUUCAAGAUCGCCGGACUCUUCUGCUCUGCUUCCCAAUCACCCGCCUUCGCACCAUAAUUUGCACCCACCGCAGCCUGCGCAGACUUCUCCACAUCCACACAGUCUCAUGGCUCCCGGAACCACUACACCGGGGUUUUUUCUGAACCUUUCGAAGACGGGACUCACACCAAACUCUAGUCUGCGCUCUUGUCUGACACCUGGAAGUCUGGCCUUGCCUCAAUCCUCGCAUUCGCAGCACCAAGUGCAGCCCAAUACCCAUUUGCAUCCUCAAACCAAUUUACCGGCACGCCCUUCGCCUUCUAUACAUCAUCCAGGUAAUUUGGUGCCACCUCUUUCUCUUUCAUCAGGGCAAUUUACUCCAGGUCUAUCUUCAAUCCUAGGCAUACCUUUGCAGCAGCAGCAGCAGCAGCAACCACAGUCACAAUCAAAACAACGACCACCACCACCACCACCACCAUCACAAUCACAAUUACAAUCACAGCAGCAGCAGCAGCAACUGCAACCGAUACAACAACCGGUACAACAACCGGUACAACAACCGGUAUCACAACCGCCGCAACCUCAAUCACAAAGUCCACCCCAGGGCAAUUCAUCUACUCAAAACCCUAUUCAGUGGGACCCACUUUCCAUAAAUCCCCCUGGUGCGUUAACGGCUGUAAACUCAAAUUCGUCAACAUCUUCGAACUCCCUCAGCAUAGUUCCUUCAAACGACAACAAGAAGCUUUCCAUAUCUAUUCCAUCUUCCGGUGGAUCUACGGGCUCCCGGUCUAGUACAGCCCUUACACUAGUUCCUUCUGCUGGGGACAAUUUGGUGAGAAUGGGGUCCAAGAAUGCAGAAUCCUCGAGCUUUCCUCAGGCAGCAUUGAAUAACAAUGGCAAUGAACCUCUCAAAAAGAAACAGAAGACUUCGCAAACCAGCAACAGGCGGCCCAAGGCCAGUAAAGAGACGUCGUAUUCUAGAUCGAGGGACGAUCAGGACCGUAAGCGCAAAGAGUUCUUGGAAAGAAAUAGAGUGGCAGCUUCGAAGUUUCGGAAGCGGAAGAAGGAGUACAUUAAAAAGAUUGAAGGCGAUUUAAAGUUCUACGAGACAGAGUAUGACGAUCUGGGUCGAUGUAUGGACAAACUUUGUGGCCUUUCUAAAGAGAUCGUCAACUCCUCUUUGGUAGGGAUGCUCAAGCAAGCGCUUCUGCAGAACGAUAUCAAUUCGUCGCUCACGCUGUGCAGUCACAUAGAGCAAGUUCUUUUACAAACGCAAUACGUGCAACGUGGGGGUGGCAACCCGUUGCGUGAAGAAGAGGAGAGAAGAAGACUCGAAAAUCCAGAUGGGGACAACUCCGACUAUGGAUAUCCUAGACGUCCUUCAAUGGCGGCGGGUUCGUCAGAUGGUUACCACAAUAUUCAGUCUCAGGAUCAACAGAACACUGAAGUUCCUGCAGUAAAGGGAUCUGGGUCGGAUCAUGCCACGGGCACGAUCAACAAUUUACCCUUGGUUAUAAAUGGUAAUACGCUGCUGAGCUUGGAAGAUGUACAGGCAUCUUCUCACCGGCAGAAGGAUGGAAAUCUUAUAGAUCCAGGUGUGAAGAUUGAAGUGGGUCUGCCAAAUGAUCUACUUGAUUGA